ACGGUAAACAUUGCAUCGGAGAUUGCUUUUGACGUUUCUACGGCUGUGGGAUGUUCAAAAGUAGAACAAACAUUGUGUAUAGUGCAAAGGAAUACCAUAGAAAACGGGAGGAGAACGCCUUUCUUGCCAGCAGCUUGGGCACAGUUUGUAUAGCAGAAAAGUGUCGCGAACCCCGCAUUAUUAUUUCAGCAUUUGAAAAGAAAUUAUCGAUUUGUUAAAAAAUUACGGAAAAUGCAUUUCUAAUUAGAAUAUUACGAAAGUCGGUCUCCUUGCAGAGUUCACUAGUAGUUGUGCAUGUGUUCCUACAACAAAUCAAAUAAAAAAAUCAAUAAAAAUUCUUUUGGCAAUUCCUUUUCGGUGCUUUUGCCUGAGUCGGGAUAUCGCUGAUUUUCUCUGGCUGUGCUCCAGCAUACAGUGGAGCGUUGGGGCUCUGCCAUCAAAACCGACCAAUGAUAGUGUUAAGAGAGUCUGUGGAUAACUCUGUGCGUGUGUGUUAUUUUCGUAUGUUUGUGCAUUGUGUUGAGUGUUAGAGAAACGAAAAAUAAAUAAUAAAAAAACAAAAAGUUAUGAAUGUUCGUUGUUCGUCGUGUAUUCGUCAUUAUCCCGCAAAACAGUUAGUUCAUAAUAAAGGUGAAAUAAAAUAGAAUCAAAGUGAGCAAAAAAAUUGUAUUAAGAAUGAUACCUGCAGCACUUGCCUUCUACACGGAGGACUACCAUUUGUGUGACGACCAAAACUAUCGGAAUUUGUCGUAAACCCACGGAAAGGAGAAAGACACUAAAGUUUUCGUAUGAGAAAUAUUUACCCCAAUGGCACAUUUGAUGUCCCCAUUGUCGUCAGUUUUAUUGGUACAUUAAGAACAGCUGUUUUUGUUAAAUUGCGAAUUCAAUCAAUUUGUGUGAUGGACUACUUUCUGGUACUCCCGACUGACCUCUAAGAACACGAAAAAUAUCCAAAGAUGGCUAAGGAACCAACACAAUCGCGAUUACCAAUGCCAGGCGUAUCCCGUAUUCCGCUGCCUGGACUAAUUCGACCACCAUCCGUUAUGCCUUUGCUGCGACCCUCACAACUGAGAGCCCCCUCAACGUUUACCAAAACUCGGCCCAUGUCCUUUAGCGGCCUCCGGCCACCAACAACGCCAUCGUUAGCUCUAAAGAAAUCAUCUUCGGGCGAUCGGAUAAAUUCAAUAAAUUCAACAAUGAAUUUGGUCAGCAAGAAAACGUCGACAGUUUUGAAAAAAUUCUUCACAAAACCGUCGGAAGCUGCACAAACGCCACUGCGAAAAGAGAACAAGACCGGGCCAAAAACCAUUCAAAAUGAAACUAUGACUAUUGAAAACACUCCCAAGCCUCUUACACGCUCGGACACAUUUGUACGCACAGAUAGUCCGGAUGCAACACCGAUGCCGGUCAUUGGUGGAGAUGGUCGAAGGGCUAUAUUCGAGAGCACUCCCCUUAUAAGUUCGACAAACAAUCACGGGUUGCACGUAACCGAAACUUUCGACUGCACAUUCAGUGCACCUCUACCAUCGGGUCAAGUGCAACGGAAGCAUAACUUUGAAAGCACGCGAUUAUCCACAAUGGGUUUCGGUCAUACUAUGGAUAUUGAAUCUCCAAGAAGCAGCACCCGUAUGUCAAACGCUGGUUUCGGCCAAACAAUCAACUUGGAACUGACAAGACAUUCGACCGAUAGAAACAAUGACAAGGUGGACGAUGCUACACAGGUGUUGUCGAAGCCUAAUGCAACACGAACGCUAAAUAGAACCCAUAGCAUUGAAGAUUUGAACCAAGUACCGACAAAUUCAGAACAUGUAAUUGAUCACGGUAAAAAUGAGGCAAUGACAUCUCCCAAUAACGACUCCAAUUCCAAGAACAAAACCAUAACGUUGGAAGACCACGAGCAGAUUGAUGUAAUUACCAAUCAACCUAUAGAGGGUGCUCUCAAGAAUAUGGACGAGACUGGGUCUCGCACACCCGCUUCUAAUGCCACAUACUCCAAUCCAGGAUCUACAGAAAACCUAUUACUUCUCGAUGACGUUUCCAUACCAUCCGGAUUUGAAGAAGCCGUCGACAUGGAUGUCAAAGCCAACUUAUUGGCCAAAUUGAAUAACGGGGAUCUUUUGGAAUUGACCAAUAAUAAUUUAGAUGACACAUUAAAGGCGCUGGCGCCCGAUAAGGCCACCAUGAAAUUACCACUGAACUCAACAAUGAACACAGAACGCUUAUUGGACUUGACACAGAAUAUGACUACGCCAGCAAAACACAUGCAAUUGCUCAACUUGACCAAAGACUACAUGGACACCCCAAAUGUUGUGAAUAACAAGAACACCUCUCAAUUACUUUAUAUGACCCACGUGUCAUCAUCUUGCACCACAACCCCUGAUCGCAACGGUAAAAAAAUGAUUAACCCACUAUAUCAACUAACACCCAUACCCCACCACCUGCUGUCGCCUCUGAAGCUGAAGCAGGCCCAAAGUGAUUUAGUACUGCCUACGCGAACCCCAGACGAGGAAAGUCCCGAAGAACCCAUGGAUGUGGACAGUACAAUGAUAGCUGUGGCUGGAAAAACUGAAGAAUUCUUUCAGCAGACUCAAAACCAGCCGUCGGCAACGUCUUUGCAAGACGUUAACAAUCCCAGUGGCAACCAAAAAGGUCGUUUCUCGUUUGGGCUGGACCUCACGGAAUCCACUCUGGACUGUUCCAUAGAGCUAGUAGAUGUUUCGCUCUCGUCCACCGCUCUGUCGCAUCCAAGUAAUAACACCGCCAAUAAUCUAAGCACUUCGAUAUCCUCGCAACAAUUACUUAAGAAACAGAACUCAUUUGACAUGGACGAAAGUCUGGGAAUACUCACACCCGAUCAAAUGAAAGAAUUUCUCGAUUCGACUGCCACCAACAACACCAACAAUAAUUUAGACAUUCCUCUGAUGCUUAAUGUUUCGAAUAGUUUCAGCCACAAGUUGGCCAUGCAUCAGAUGCGCAUCGACCAAACGCCGUCGCCUGAAGAACUGCCGCUGGACCCAGUUGAGGUAAAGACUGACAUCAAUGAAAUGGUGCUGCAACAUCAGCAACACCAAUACCAGCUGCAACAACAGCAGCAGCUGCAGCCACUUUCGGCCGAGGAGUCAAAUCCCUCACAAAAUCAAUGCACGGAAUCCUUGUCCUUGCUUUCGGAAACCGAGCCGUCUAAGAGCGAGUCCAUUACCAAAUCAACAGUUUCCAAAAUUUCCACCAGCUUCAUUACGAGUGUCACAAGCGUAACGAGUCUGGACACGGGCUAUCAGGGAGACGGUGAAAUGUCACGACCUGCAUCAAGGGGUGCUUGUGAUCAUUCGCCUUCCAAUGGUCCCUUGCGGAAGGGAGUAUCUCGCCAGCCCAGCUUUAACCAACAGCAAGGCCAUGGCCAAGUGCCAGUGCGGCGACAAGAUCCCAUGACAGAUUCCGACUUCUUCACCGAAUCUGAUGCAGACGAUAUUUUCCAUCGUGGUGAUCGUCGGGCCCAAGUUAUUGAUGGCCAACUUUACGGGCCCAUGCUACAGCCCUCCGCGUCCGUCUUCAUUUCGGAAGAUCCUCAAAUGGAGGACUCAUGCAUGGAGUCGUCGGGCAUUUUUACCGACGUUGAAAAUCGUGGCGACGAAGACCUAGCCCAUAUCAGGCGCCAAAGUACCCACGACGAAACACAAGAUCUUUCACCCGAUCUGGAAUGCGACGCCGAUUCCACGGAAACAGUCCGGAGCAACCGCGAAUCUUCCAAAAGAUUGCAACAACAGCAGCAGCUGCAUGGAGGCAGCGACAAAAUAACUACCAGCACAUCAACCACCUCAGUCCAUUCUCAUGGUCAAGGUCAUCUGAGUAGCAGUCAAACAUCUUCCACCAUCCAAAGCAGCAUGAGCACUGAUCGCCUCUCGGCCGCAACACUCUCCAAUCGCACAUCGUACUGCAGUGUGGAUGGCGGCGGUGGUGGUAGUAGCAUAGUUGGGGCCAACGGUGCUGUGGAAUUCAAAAGUUUCUCCUCUCUCGACGAAGCUUUCGACGGUGACGAGAACAAUCGCAAACACAUGUCGGUUAAACUCAUGAAAAGCUCCACAACAUCCACAACUUCGUGGUGUGAGCAACCACCGACCCACAAGCACUUGACGGCAGUUCAGAACAUAACUUCGCCGCGCAAACAACACUCGUCGUUAACGUCGCUCUGCAGUGCGGAACACACAACAACAUCGCCGGCAUUCGUGAAUUGUCAGUCAAGUGCUCAGUCCAUAACAGACUCGGAUCGAUCGUUUUCAUGUGCUACUACGACGCACUCGAAUGCGUCCAACCGCUCCGUCAACUCCUCCCCUAAUGUUGGCAAAAAACAAACGAAAACCGCAAAUCAAUGCUCGCCGGGCAAGUACACUCCGCGCUCGAAAGCAACAAUAACAACAACCGCGACACCAAAAAGUGCCAAAUCUUUUAAGCAGUCGCUCAACAGUGGCGGCAGUGGGGCCGCCAAACACAACUCGCCGCCCGCAGUGCGAAAAUAUCAUCACUCGCCCAACAAAUGGGAUGCCGUUAUGAAUCAAAUCGCCAACAACAAAGCUCACGUUAGAAAGAAUUACAGUGAUGUGAAAUCCAAAGUGUCGACCCGAAUAUCGGUGGUGGGUGGUGACGGUAGUCGCGGCCAAAAUGCCGGAAACGGUUCCGGUUCGUCGACGAGUAUUUCGCCAACUGUACGCCGAUCUCCAACCAAUAAUUUGAAUCGCAAUAAUACGUCUAGCAUUAGCAAAAUAUCAAAAUCCCAAUCACCCGAGGUGCGUGGAGUAGGAGGAGGUGGAGCAAUUAACAGCUCGUCAUCGCCAUCACCAAAGGCAUUGGAUAACAAGCGUCUGAUACAAAAUGUUAAUCGUGGCCGUUCCUAUAGUAAAGACAGUCAGAAGAGUUCCCAAAGCGACUUGAGCUUUGCGAGCGGAGCUGGAAGUGGCAGCGGUGGUGGUGGUAAUACUGGAUCUCCUAAACUUUUGGCUAAAACUCCACUGAGAGCAGCCAAGAAACGCGAUGUGCGCAAUCUGAGUAUAUCGCCAACCGAUUUGGGACCACCACCAAAAACUCAACAAACAUCGAAUGGUUCUUCAACACGGCCAAAACCGGCGGUUUUAACAUUAACACAAAAACGUUUCAAUGCCCAGAGCAAUUGUACAACGCCAUCUCCAUCCACAACUUCGACGGCUGCUAGCAGUCCAACAGGUGGCAGCACAACCAGCAUCAAGGGUUCGCCACCACUUAAGAAAUUCCAAUUGAAUACCAGACGCAUAGAUGGCAAAACAACACCCAUAAAAACUCCCCUGAAAGAUCACAAUCGCAUUAUAAAUCAAACAAUUACGCCACCGUCUUCGAAGAGCAACUCUAGCAAACCGGAGACGCCAACAGACCUUCAGGAAAAUGGUCUUUCUCUUCACAACAAUAACAACCACAUCAGUGCAACAGCGACGGCUGCUACUGCAACUACACCAGCGGCGGCGAUCACAGACAAGUCUGGACAAAACAUUAGGACAACUUCCAGGACAUCCUCCCCGGUUCUUUCGAGCCUUAACAAUAAGAAAAGUACACCCGCCCCGUCGCCAGCUGUUGCCAGUCACCUCAGCGAAAAGAAGCAGCAAAAUAAAUUACAUAACACGUCAUCGUCAUCGCCAUCGACGUCCACGUCCAAUGCUAGCCGAAAAUCAUUGUUGCACAAACAGCACCAGCAAUUGUCCGAUGACGUAGUUGUAAUACCUUCAGCAGAACCUGCCGCUGCCGAUGAGUUGCAGCAAUUGAAACUACUUAACCGGCACUCGUGUAACGGUGCAUUGAACUAUGAGGCAUUUGAGCAGCAACAGUUGCAACUGCAACAGUUGCAACAACAAUCGGCUCACCAGACCAAGAGCACAGAAGCUUUAGGAGUGCUGCUGCAAUACCUGGUUUAUGAUUUGGAUGCUUUUGCAUGUCCAUCGCUGAGAUCUGAGAAUGCCAAAACAAAGGACAAAUUAAAGAAAACCCUGUUAUUACUAGAUGAAGCUAAAAGUUCCUGUUCCGAGUUGCAGGAUCAGCUUUGUGAUAAGGAUGCCUAUUAUAUGCAAAGAGAAAAUGAAUUGCAGGCCUUACAUCGAUGCGAAUUGGACAAAGCCCGAUCAAAUUUUGAGGAAUUCGAAAUUGCAGCAAAACAACAAAUUUCAACUUUACAAUCACAACUGGAAAGUACCGAGGCGGAGCAUCGCAACAAUUUCGAUAGCUAUCGAAGUGAAAUGGAAAAGAAGCUCUCCGAAAAAUUGGAUCAAAUUAGAAGUAAGGAGGAACGUGAGAGUGUGCUACAGCAACGUUUGCAAGAUUUAGAAAUUUCCGAGGAGAAGUUACGCGAAAGACUUACCCAAACAGAAGAAUCAUGCUCGAAGCGUUUGCAACAGUCUGCCGAAAGAGAACUAGAACUAAUGGAACGCAUCAAGUCGCUAACCAAAGAACUGGAUAGGCUCAAGUCGCAAAAGGAGAGCAACGAACGGGAUUUGAAGGAUAAACUGAAUCUCUCGAAUGAUGAAAUUGCCAUCCUGCGUACAACGCGUAGAAGCCUAAAUGAAAGUGGAGUCUGUUCGCCGCGGAACACCUCAUCAUGCUCUGCCGUGGGAAACAUGGAGCUUUCGCGGCUCCAAAAUGAAAUAGAAAGCUUAAGAUGUGUCUUGGAAUUGAAGCAGAAGGAAAUCUCCAAGUUGACCAAACAAAAUGAAGAGUUGUUAAGGGAUGCCGACGAGAAGUUAACCUUGCAGGGAAAGCUUUCUCUAUUAGAAUCCAAGAAUGAAAUGCUGCUUUCAGAGAUGGAGAUCAAGUCGGAAAAAGAGAAGGAAUACUUGAGGCAAAUCGAUGAAAUUCAAAAAGCCUUCAAUCAUGAAACCGUUAAGCGCACCCGACUGUCCUACGACAAUGAAGCCCUGCAGUGGCAAUUGAAGCAACGUUCCGAACAGCUGCAUCUGGUGGAGACUAAACUUCACGAACUGUCGUCCCAUGAAAUGUCGUCGACCUCAAUUACCAAUCGCUCAUCCUCGAAUGGUUCUGCCUUAAAUACAUCGCUACACAUGGACGACAUUUCUCCACCGAGUUCGCCAGUUAUUAAAGGGGUUAUCGAGAAGACCGACUCAGUGUCAUGGGUACUGGAAAUGGACGACGAAACUCCUGAAGCUGCUGCCACGAAAAUGGUCAAACGUGCGGGUUCAUUUAGGUCAGUGGAACGUAGUUCCUCCAUGAGAAAACAACUGUCGGUCAGCGCAAAUGCGGGACAAACGUUUAAUAAUAGUUUAUUGGAUACAACUGGGCCGAAUCCUCUCUCCCAGUCCAUGUCCGCCACCUCCGUGAUAAGAGAACAUUCCAAAGUUGAAACAAGUGAAUUUAAUAAUAGAUUACACCCCCGAAUACGCUCAAAAUCAGUUAGUGUAAAGGGCUGUGAGGCCUUGCAGCAGAAGCAGAAGUCAUCAUCGUCAAAAUUGUCGCGACAAUUAUCGUCGGGUAGCUCACGAAAAAGCUUGGAUCCAGCCGACUUCAAAGAGCCUUUGACGUCCAGUUCUCCCUUCAGCAUUAGACCCAGAACGUCAACCUUAAAAAUUGAUAAUGAACAAAAUGAAGAUGUCCUGUUUAGGCGGGGUAGUGCUAAGCUAAUUACUUGUGACACCUCCGCCUUAAAUAAAGGUGAACGCUUAGAGAUGCGUUCGCUUCCCUCUCUUCCUUCUGUCCAGGACUUGAAAGUAAUCAAGAAAUGCCAAGAGAUCCAAGAGUCCGCCGGAGAAGCUAUGGUUUCGGGUACAAAUUCUGAGGAUGAGAGUUGUUCGGCUUCGUCGGAUGAUGUUGUCAGCACAGCCUCAUCUUCAGGUAACUCGGAUACGACAAACUCAUCAAACCAAUUGAAAAAUUCACGAAUGUCCAUAGAAGAUGUCUUACUAAUGGAGAAAAUGAAUAGCCUGUCGGGCACACCGAUGGAAGUCAGCUGGUCCGAAGAUGCAGAUGGCCUCGCAAACAGUUCUACGCUAUGACAUGACCUAGUACGUCAUGACAUGUAUGAAGUCCAAGAGGACGAUGAGGAUAGUUUUUAAGAUGGCAAGCAUGAGUUGGAGCUCCAUCUUAUCUUGACCAUGAGAAUUGAUAAAUGGGACACAUUUGCGCAAAUCAUCACCAUUGUUUAUUAGAACACUCCUGUGACGACAAUUUAGAGGGGACUUGGAAGAUAAAAAAGCACAGCUACUACCAGCCAAUGAUGAAGGUAUGAAAAUGGUUCGAUCUGGGGAAAUGAUGUUUGGCCUCACGAUCGUGAGUGUACGUUGUCCAAUGUAAUACAACCCCUUGGUGCGUCCGUUUAGAUUGAGAAUUUACAAUAAAAACAACAUCAUCAAAAACACAUUUUAAUGCUAAUCACCUAUGUUUAGUUAACUUUUACUUUAAAAAAAAUGAAAUGUUCUUUGAAAUCUGUUACAUGUACAUACAUACAAUAUAUUAUACUUUAUUUAUUUGUGAACUUAUUUAAUAGAGAAUACAACAGAAGAUAAAUCAAAAAGCUCAUAAUCUAACAAAGAAGCUAUAAUAAAAAGAAAAGAAACCCCCCAAGAAACAUUGUUACGUGUAAAUUAUGAAAUACAUUUUUAUUUGUAUUCUCUCCGACAUGCGGCAUUUGGUCGGAAAGCAGAUACUGAUAAGAACUCAUCAAAAAGUGAUAAGAUCGAUAAUCCACCAAGCUUUUCUUUGGGCAGGCAUUGUGGCAUUUUUGUACAUGUUCGAUUCUUGUCAUAUUUGUUUUUUUUUUUCGACCAAUAUACUAAGAUCGUCGGAAGACUCAAAAAAUAAUGACAUACACAUAUAUUAGAAAACGCAUUGCUUCACUUUCGAUAUUCUUAUCCUUUACUUAAAAAACUGCAUAUAAUUACUUUGAUCGGGCAACGCAUUUAGGUCUUGUAAAAUUGAUAAAGUAGGAAAAAUACCGAAAAUAGCCGAAAGGAAUCCAAAGCCGUCUAUUGAACGAUUUAUAAUUUUCGUUAUGUCAGUUGAAUAGAGUUGACAUUUAGAUAUACAAAACUAUGCAAAUAGCCUGCACAAGAUCUUACUGAGAGGGUUUAAAUAGAUGGCACUCCCACUCCUAAUUACAUCCGUGUCUUAAAUUGUUCAUAAGUGUUUACUUCAUCUAAUCGUAUAUUUAUUUAUGGCUUUGACAAAUUUGUAAAUUGAUUCUCGUCCUUUAUUAGAUUGUUUGUUAAAUUAUUAUUAUUAUUAUAAAAAAAAUAAUUAAAUGUAUUAGUAUAUUACGAAAAAUGUAAUCGCAUUGAAACUAUAAGAUACAAAUGCAAAAAACGGCUUAUUUAAAUGAGGCAAUUGAACCAAACCACUGAUACAUACAUUAGAGAUCUUGAAACUAGUUAUAAGGCGAUCAAUACAAUUGCUAUAUUUUAUACAGUAUCCAAAUAGAGAACACUUAAGAAAGUUCAGCAAUUCUUAAAUACAUUUUGAGAGGGAUUCAAUUUGUUUAUUUUUCGUGUGUGUAUUUACUUCGAUUCGAUUAAUAAAGUUUUUUUUGUUUCGUUCGAAUUAAAUUUACAACGUUUUUUUGUUUGACUCCGUUAAAAUUUAACUUCUUGUGGGAGUGAUAACGCUUUCUCAAUCCUCCCAUAUUUUUAUUGCCUUUCUUGUUUAUUUUGUUCCAACGUUUUUCUUCAAUCAUAGUGUAUGAGAGUAUGUAUGUGUAGAUGGUCAUUAGCCUAAACCGAUUACUAGUAAACUCAAAAAGUUAUGAUAAGAUUAGCAACAAUAAUAAUAUUAUUAAUAAUUUAUGAGCAAAAAAAAAAUUGCAAAUGAACAAAGAAAGAGAGAAUUAAGUAAAAUAAAGAAACCCGAAACAUGAAUAUUGUUUUGAGAAAUAUUUAAAAACAAA